AUGUUAGGUUGUAAGCCUAUUGAUACUCCUAUGGAGCAGAACCAUCGUCUUGCAUAUGCCGAGGGGGAGCCAUUCUCUCAACCUGAUCAGUAUCGUCGCUUAGUUGGGCGACUUGUUUAUUUAUCUGUAACUCGUCCAGAGUUGAGUUACUUUGUUCAUACUCUUGCACGGUUUUUGAGUAACCGACAGGUGCAACAUUGGGAUGCGGCAAUCAGGGUACUUCUCUGUAUCAAAGGUAGUCCUGGUCAGGGUAUAUUGUUACGUCCUAUGAAGGACAUGUGUUUGACGGCUUUCUGUGAUAGUGAUUGGGCAGCGUGCCCUUUGACUCGUUGUUCUUUGUCUAGUUAUAAGGUUUUUCUUGGUCGUUCCCCUGUCUCGUGGAAGACUAAGAAACAACCGAUAGUAUCUCGUUCUUCAGCUGAAGCUGAGUAUCAUGCUAUGGCAGUUACAACUUGUGAAUUAAAGUGGUUGAAAUCUUUGUUGUCCUCUCUUGGUAUUUUGCAUCCCAAGCCUAUGAAGUUGUAUUGUGACAGUCAAUCUGCUCUCCAUAUUGCUAAAAAUCCUGUUUUUCAUGAUCGUACUAAGCAUAUAGAGGCAGGUUGUCACUUUGUUCGUGAUGAGUUGGUGAAUGGUAAUCUAGCUACUGCGUAUGUUCCUACAGGUCAUCAGUUAGCAGAUAUUUUGAUGAAGGCACUUGGGAAACGACAGUUUGGUUUUCUUCUUAACAAGUUGGGCAUUCGUGAUUUACAUGCUCCAACUUGA